GUAUUGUUUUUGCUGCUGGGGUCAAACUGAUGUGUUCACAGAGACUUUGUUGUUAAAGCGGAUUGUUCAACAACGAAAUGAUGCGCAACACUGAAAGCGACUGACAUUUAGGCAAGUUUCAAGAGACACUGUUACCGUGAAGUGAUGGAUCUGAGUUGAAAGCGACUGGAAUAUGCAGCUUUGACAACUUCAAUUAUUGCUGUCUGGAAGCUGAUUGGCUCAGUUACACGUCGGCUCAGCGUCUGUCAAGACCAGCAGAAGAAGCGCUGUCCUCGUCCUCUCAGCCUUCCUCACAGUGCACCUGUAUAUUUACAGGUGCAGCUCCGAUAUGACUAAGAGAAGCCCGUCUCUUCAGCUUGUCAAAAGGAUGCUGAACCAUCACUGCAGAAGGAACCCUGAGCUUCACGAGGAGCUGCAGAUCCAGGCUGCAGUGGCAGCGGGGGAUGUCUGCACUGUCAGGAGGAUGCUGGAGCAAGGAUACUCACCCAAGAUCCGCGACGCCAACGGCUGGACGCUGCUUCACUUCUCUGCUGCCAAAGGAAAAGAGAGAUGUGUCCGAGUCUUUCUUGAGCAUGGAGCUGACCCCACAGUGAAGGACUUUAUUGGUGGCUUCACUGCACUUCACUAUGCUGCUAUGCAUGGCAGAGCACGCAUCGCCCGACUGAUGCUGGAAUCCGAGUUUCGCAGUGAUAUUAUAAAUGCAAAAAGCAAUGACGGCUGGACGCCACUGCACGUGGCCGCCCACUACGGCCGAGACUCGUUUGUACGCCUCCUCCUCGAGUUCAGGGCCGAGGUGGACCCCCUGAGUGACAAAGGGACCACACCACUACAGUUGGCCAUCAUCCGUGAGCGCUCCAGCUGCGUACGGAUCCUUCUGGACCACAGUGCCAACAUUGACAUUCAGAACGGCUUCCUAUUGCGAUAUGCCGUCAUCAAAGGCAAUCACUCAUACUGCCGCAUGUUCCUGCAGCGGGGAGCGGACACUAACCUGGGACGGCUUGAAGACGGCCAGACGCCCCUGCACCUGUCCGCCCUCAGGGAUGAUGUGUUAUGCGCCCAGAUGCUCUACACGUACGGGGCUAAUGCCAACACCAGGAACUACGAGGGCCAGACACCAGUCGCUGUAUCUGUUAGCAUGUCUGGAAUCAGCCGGCCCUGUCUGGACUUCCUCCAGGAAGCCACCAGGCAACCUCGGACUCUACAAGACUUGUGUCGUAUAAAGAUCCGUCACUGCAUUGGCCUUCAAAGCUUGAAGUUGUUGGAGGAUCUACCAAUUGCAAAGGUUAUGAAAGACUAUUUAAAACACAAGUUUGACAAUGUGUGAAGGCAACAACAAUAGAAGAGGAGAGGCUGACUUAAAAAGUCCUUUCUAUCAUUUAUAAAGACUAUGCAAUCACUAUCCUCCUCGUCUGGAAGAAAUGUCCACAGGUCUGCCUAGCUUGGUCGUCCAGUUCAAGAGCUCUCUGCUCCUUUGCUCUGUGUCAACCUUUUUACAUUAAGAACAGUGGCUGGAGAAUGAAAUGGAUCCGUCUCAUGUGAGCAAUGGUUAUGGUCAUUGUGGUAAAAAGAAGCUAGCAGUUGGCAUUAUUUCCAUUUAUGUUGUCACUGUAGAAAUGUGCAUGUUGUUAUCUUCGUCAUCAAGUGCAUACCUGCCAAGUCUUUUUCUUCAACACUGAGCUAUAGGAAACUAAACUCCAAUUCUAUCUUAUUCAAAUCAGCAAAGUUAAACUAUUUGGAUAAUAGCUUUAAAAAAAACAACUAAAAACACUCCCUGAUUUUGUUUCCUCACCCAAUAGUGAAAUACAUUUAGGUUGUUUUGUCUUUGUCUGUUUUACCAUUUAAUGUAACGCUUAUUGUUAUUUAUUCUUUAUUAUGUUCCUUUCCUUUUGGAAAAUUGUUAAGAAGAACAGAAAUAAAUUAUUACUUACCUAAAGUCCCAAAAUAGCCUAGUUCCAAACCUCUGAAUCUCCAAUUUGUUGAAAUAAGUGAUUUAACAUACUGGUGUUGUACCCAUUGACAGUUCCAACAGCUGGCCAAUCACAGCUAGCUACUGUAUGUUGGAAGAAAAAAGCAGAGCUCCGUUUUGCAAUUCUGCUUCAAACUGAACGCAGCAAGGAGAACGUUAGUUACAGUUUGGAGCUGUAGGCAGGUAGCCCGUCCCACGAUGGACCCAUUUAUUACAGUAACUUAUUGUCACAACUUUUGAUCAAUUGUUUACUGUGAGGAUCUAAUGAUCAUUUCAACAAAUGUAACAACAAUGUGCUUUAAUCUGAGUCUGGCAUAUAUUCAGCUCUUAAAUUCUAAAUUUUAAAAUGAGAGUUACAUUGGGCUUAAUCUGAAAUAGUGCCUGCCCAUCAUAACAUCAAUGUGUCAGAUGAGCAAAGUGUGCUCACUGCUGAAUCGUUGGCAUUUCAACAGUGAGCUGAGAGGACAUCUUGAGCUUUGGGACUGCCACAAAAUCAGAGAGUGUAUCAGUCCAAAUUAACGCACAGGAUUUGAUUUACUACAACAUGGCUCAAGGGUUUCUUCCUUAUGGGAGAAAAACUUGCACGGAUACAUUUGUAUUUUAUAAUAACGAGCAAGAAUAUAACAUGCAGUUGAAAUGAUUUUGGAAUUUAAGUUGGAUAGAGAAAAGACAUCUUUUGAUACUCAUGUCUACACUAUGUGUUGGACUUUGAGAAUGGAGUUCUGGAAGCACCACUUUUACUCACGAAAGCAGAUGAUCAUCAUGAAUGAAGGUUUGGGAUAACACUGACACAAUCGCCACAAGCUACAGUCAAUGUAAAUAUAUUACCUGUACAACAGAUAUUUUUGUAGAAUUUAUUUAAGCAAUGAUCUCUGGUAUCCUUAAUGUAUUUAAAGUUUGGAAAGUAUUGUGAUCUGUUUGGUGUGACUCAAGUAUUUUUUAAUUUGUCUGUGAGUCUGACUUAAAGAACUCUGUUGUAUCAGAAUCAUUUGGAAUCAACAUUAGAUCUUUAUGGCAGAAACGUUGGGUGCUUUCUUAAAAAUCAUCAUCUCUUGCAGGUAAAUCUGUUGUGGAGAUUAUACUGUGAAUUUUUAAUUUUGACAAUUCAAAAUAAAAUAUAGGAUUUGGGAUCGAAAUGAUCCCCAUGCUACAGGAAAAAAAAUUUUUUCCGUGUCUCUGCAUGUUUUUUUAAAUCCAUGGUGAUAUUGUGUUGCACCUAAAGUUUUUUUUUCUAAAAUGUUGUAUUCACAAAUUCAUUCUAACAAUGUUCACCUGCAUUAACAUGUCAGUGUCAUUUUCAUAUUUGGAUUUGUCUGCAGCUUUGGAUCGAGACAUUUGGUGAAAAGUGCACAUUCAGACAUGCAGACUGUGCUAUAUGCAGGUAAACUGAGAUUAACACUUGAAUACAUUUCAACAGACUAUAAACAGGACAAUGAGUAGUGAGUGUGUAGUUUAGGGGAGUUGCAUUGAACAGACAACCACCACGAUACACUCGACGGGGCUGCAUCCAUCAAAGGCUGAGUACAGAUUGACAGGACCUCCAAAUGCAGUCUGGUGUUCCUAAAGGCCCCUUAACACUGUGUCAUCAAACCAAACCAUUUCCUCUGAGGCGGAGAACAGUAUGCGGCUAUCGAUAUUGUGAUAUGACACUAGUUAUUGUCUUAAAUGUCCAAUGUGGUAUAAUAUGGGUUUCAAGGCUGCAUUACAGUAAAGCGAUUUAUUUUCUGAACUUACCAGACAGUUUUAGCUGUUCUAUUAUUUGUCUUUACCCAUUUCGUCAUUAUAAUUCCUUUUUUUUAUUUAUCAAAAAUCUCAUUGUAUAAAUAUUUUGUAAAAGCACCAAUAGUCAACACUACACAAUCUUUGCAAUAUCGAUAUCAUGGUUCCAUUUCUUCCCUCAAAACAUGACGUUUAAAAAUGAAAACAUGAUGACAUAUAGUAGAUGACAUAUCUCUGCUUGAAUAUAGCUUUUCUAUUUCUAUCACCAAAGCUUCUUCACACAAUUUGACACGCCCCAAAACCGAUAUUGCAGAUUGUAUCUUAGACUUUAUGAGACCAUCUCCCACAAUGUGACAUACGAUGAACCUGUAAGAUCGCUGUUAUCGACCACUUUAUGGGGGCCUUAAUCCAUCGAAUGCUGCAUUGAUAUUUGUUUAAUGGUGCCCUUGGAGGUUGGUCAUGUUUUUGGUGACGACUUUGUAUUUUCCAGUGUGUCCAGUUGGUCAUCAGUUGUUUAAACAUGAUUUAUUUGAUCACUACACAUUUGGGAGAUAAUAAAUACUUUGAGUACUCCUGAGGUUACCUCUGUUAUGUUCUACUUUGACAGCCAUUUGAAACCUCCCAACACUAAACUUGUAUUUUGAUACGGAUCCCCUCAAAUAGCUUGUUGUUUGUGAGGGUGGAGUAUCUCUUGGCACAGGUACAGCCCACGAGCCCUCUUCCCAAUUCACUUGAGUAGGCGAAUACCUCAGAAAGAGGCAGUCGCUGAAAUGGAACUAUCACAAAACCAGACAAUUUGUUCAAAUAGGCAUUUAUUUUCUAUUUGACAGUGUGUGCAUAUGGCCUGCGUUUUUGAUUGUAGGUCCAGAAGUAGUUUACUGCUUGAAUCUAAUUGAUUUGACUAUUACUGCAUAAGUAUUUUACUGAUACAUUAUUGAUGCAGCCCCCUCCCCUUUCAACUCUCAGAUUAUUUUGAUAAUACAGUAUUCCUGGGUGUGAGGGAAAAUAAACUUUUUGUGUUUAUCGCACCAGAAUAUUAUCCACCACAGUUCUGUUUCAUGUUCCAUUGAUCCAUCGAUCUCUCUGUACGGGAUUCUGAAUUUGAUACGAUGCCAUUUUGCAGUAACAGUUUUGUAUUGUGUGUGAAUGAGUUUGUCAUCCAUCGACUGCCUUCUCCAAUCGGUCUUAUGUGGCUAUCAAAUGGCUGUAAGUCUUCCACACCAUUAACUACUGAAUGUACAGAUUAUGCAGAAGAACCAUUCAUGAAUAAACUAAAGUGAACAUUU